AUGAUUUUGAUGCACAACGCCCACUCAGUACCAAACUUCACCGGGCCGAACCGAAGCAUAGUGGACAUUGCCGUCCGCCACGCUGUCGACUCACCGUACCUCCUCGAUGAAAUUCUCGCCUUCACGGCCUUCCACAUGGUUCAUCUGUAUCCUGGAUCAGCCGUUUGUCUUCAACACAUGGCCACAGAGCUACAAACACGCGCUCUUGCCUCCUUCACUCUCCUCACAGAAACGGUUCCCAAAGAUGACAAAGCUACUGCCGUUUCUCGCUUCCUCUUUUCUGCGAUCCUAGGCAGACAUGUUCUUGCCGACACUAUCGCGCACUACCGCUCUGACUUCCACACUUUCAUUGACCGACUCGUUGAAUGUUUCAAUCUCAAUCGCGGCAUCACCUCCGUCACGCCUCCGGCCAAGGACUAUCUAUACAACUCCGAGAUCCAGCCCUUUCUCAAUGUCGUCCUCGAGGCCCACAAAAAGAUAGUUUCUCCAGGAACCGAGUGCGAUCCUCUUACUCGUCUUUUGGAUGAUUCUGACCUGAGCGAAACCAGCAUGAAGGCAUGCCGUCAUACGAUUGAGCUUUUACAGUGGUCCUUCGACCUCUGUCGAGGCCUCGAUGAAGAGGAAUAUCCCUCAGCGGCCUCGUCGUUUUCUGUGAAGAUAGAGGGAAGCUUCGUUGAUAUGCUGCGGAAACAUCGACCAGAGGCUCUAGUAAUUCUCGCCUACUAUGGCGUAUUGUUGCACCGCUGCCGCAGCUUUUGGGCCUUUGGCGAUGCUGGCGCCUCAAUGAUUCGCGCUAUUGCCGCGCACCUGGGUAGCUACUGGCAAGGGGUGCUCGAGUGGCCGCUGCGUGUCAUUAAAACGGAGUGCAACUCGGGGCCCGUAGCUGAGGCGACGACUCCUGGCACUCUUACAAUGACAUCGCAUGCAUCACAGUGA